AUGAAGUUCGCCGCCGUCCUCUCUUCCGCCGCCGUCGCCGCCGCUGCCGCCAUCGGCAAGCGUGACGUCACCUUCAGCGUCUCUGACUUCAGCGCCGGCUGCAUCCCCCACAGCACCCAGUGCCUCAUCGCCUUCAACGUCAUCCAGCCCGGCACCAUGGAGACCACCGGCGUCGAGUGCAGAGCCCUCGUCCCCGCCAACACCGACGGCACCCUCCCCGACGUCAAGGAGGCCGCCUGCACCGAGUCCUCCCGCACCUUCGACUUCGUCCGCAGCCCCGAGGGCAUCACCUUCACUGUCUCCCAGCCGGUCACCCCCAGCAGCAACCAGACCGGCUCCCACCUCCUUCCCAGCUCCGAGUUUGUCAUCUCCAACCAGCCCAACGCUGUUGUCGAGAGCUACACCGGCCCCAACGCUUUCGACCUCGAGUAA